AUGAUAAUCCAGACACUCUUGUGUUCAGAUGACAUUCAAGAGAGGAGAGCUGGUGUGCAGAAGACCAUUGACUUGUGGGAUGCCGAUGAUGACAUGCUGGGAGAUUUUUAUAUACAUGCAAGAAAAACACCUUUAAUCAAUGCCAGAGCAUCCACUCUGCUGGAGCUGAUUGACUGGAAAAGUGCUCUUAGAAUGCAAUUGCUCAUGGUCUGUUUCUUUUCCAGCUCCUUUUCUAACGAAAUCCUGGGACUGAAACUGCCUCUGGAGCCUGUGCUUAAUGCCAAUACCGUCUGCAUGAACCUGCCUGGUCUGACACGGCGGCAAUUGGAGGUUUGCAUCCGGAACCCUGAUGUGACGGCGUCUGCCAUUCAGGGCAUCCAGAUUGCCAUCCACGAGUGCCAGCACCAGUUCCGUGAUCAGCGUUGGAACUGCUCUAGUCUGGAGACAAAAAACAAAAUCCCCUAUGAAAGCAUCAUCUUCAGCAAAGGUUUCCGCGAAAGUGCUUUUGUCUAUGCAAUUGCGGCUGCAGGAGUGGUACAUGCGGUCUCCAACGCCUGCUCCUUGGGCAAACUGCAAGCCUGUGGCUGUGACCAGAAGCGUCGAGGGGAUGAAGAGGCUUUCCGUCUCAAACUUAACCGCCUCCAACUGGACGCCAUGAACCGUGGCAAGGGAAUGAUGCAUGGAGUCCACUUGGAGCACCUGCCAGCUGAGCCCCCUGGCCUACAAGACUCCUGGGAGUGGGGGGGUUGCAGCCCUGACGUAGACUUUGGGGAGAAAUUUUCAAAGGAAUUCCUAGAUUCCCGGGAAAGCCAUCGUGACCUCCCAUCCCGCAUGAGGCUUCACAACAACCGUGUUGGCCGGCAGGUGGUGAUGGAGAACAUGAAGCGGAAAUGCAAGUGUCACGGAACGUCCGGAAGCUGCCAGCUGAAGACAUGUUGGCAGGUGACUCCUGAUUUCCGGCUGGUGGGUUCAGUGCUCAAGGAUCGCUUCCAUGUGGCAACGCUAAUCCGGCCCCACAACAGGAACACUGGGCAGAUGGACGUGGGGCAGGCCCGCCACCGGCGUCGUGGUGGCAUCAGUGACCUGAUCUACUUUGAGAAAUCACCUGACUUCUGUGAGAGGGAACCAAAGUUGGACUCUGUGGGCACCCAAGGGCGUUUGUGCAACAAAACCAGCCCAGGCAUGGACAACUGUGAAAGCUUGUGUUGUGGACGAGGACAUAAUAUCCUGCGGCAAACACGCAGCGAGCGAUGCAACUGUAAAUUCCAUUGGUGUUGUUUUGUAGCUUGUGAGGAGUGUCGACUCACAGAGUGGGUCAGUGUCUGUAAAUGA